AUGGGGGCUGCAGCUCCGGGCCCCACCCUCCUGCUGCUCUCAGUACUCCUGACUCUGUCCAAGACCGAGACCCAGAGUGACGCUGGGUCACACUCCUGGCGGUAUUUAGUAACUGCGACUGCGUCUCGAUCGGGUCUCCGACAUCCCCAAGUCUUCGUCGCUGGCUACGUGGACGAUACGCAAAUUCUGGGCUUCGACAGUGACUUGGCUACUAAGAUGGAGCCGCGAGUGCGAGUGCCGUGGGCGCAGCAGAUGGGGCGGGAUUAUUGGGAGCAGGAGAGAAGGCAGAUGGAGACUUUUUCAAGCUCGGCCCAAGAAAGUCUGCGAUUUGCAAUUCAGAUCUAUAACCAGAGCGCUGACGACAGACACUUCCUCCGUGGGCACUUCAGACAUGCGUUUGAUGGCCGUGAUUACAUCAGCCUGAGCGAGGACAUGAGAACUUGGAUUGUAGCAGAUCCGAAGGCUCAGGGAGCCCUGCAAUGGUGGGAGGCAAAUCGUCCAGUGGAGUUCAGUAGAAUCUUCGCUGAGAACCGGUGCAUUGUUUGGCUACUCAGGCAUCUGGAGAUGGGAAAGGAGAUUCUGCAGCGCUCAGACCCUCCAAAGGCACAUGUAACCCGUCACCCUAGACCUGAAGGUGAUGUCACCUUGAGGUGUUGGGCUCUUGGAUUCUACCCAGCUGAAAUAACCCUGACCUGGCAGAGGGAUGGGGAAGACCAGACCCAGGACAUGGAACUGGUGGAGACCAGACCUUCUGGGGAUGGAACCUUCCAGAAGUGGGCAGCUGUGGUGGUGCCUACCGGGGAGGAGCACAGAUACACAUGCUAUGUGCAACAUGAGGGGCUGCCUGAGCCCCUCACCCUGAGAUGGGAGCCAUCUCCUUGGUCCCCAGCUGGAGUGACAAUUGGUGUGGUUCUCCUUGGAGUUGUGGUCACUGUAGCUGUGGCUGCCAUUGUGAUGCUGAGGAAGAAAAGCACAGGUAGGGAGGGGAUUGGUGUCCGAGGGUUCUGUAGAGAUGAAGCCAUGGAUGGAAAUGUGCUCAUCUCCUGCUUUGUUAGUCUGGGCACCACAGGAGACUUCCUCAGCCCCCCACCCCCACCCCAGCUGAAUGAGCACCUGGUGAGAAGGAAAAGCUGGAACUGCAGGAGUGGACUGGGCUGGAGUAACACUGGCACAUCCAGUUCCCAGAGUAGCAGGAAAGCUGUCCCCCAGAGACCAGGUCCAGGUGUCAGUGGUUCCUGUGCUCAGAGGAUCCCUGUGGGACCUGGUGUUGAUGGGCUCCUCAGUUCUGUUCCCAGCUGUGAAGCCUUGGAUUUGUUCAGAGGAUUCCUGUGCAAAGGGAAGUCUGAGAAUGCCUUGUCUAUGGGCCUUCUGGACACAAGCUCAGAGCUGUACAUGUGUCCAGUACAUGCUUGA